AUGCAAUACAAGAACGCACUGCUUGCGUAUCAGUUUCUCUCCGCUAUGUUCGAAACUUACGUCCACCUGGCCACGCCAGAAAUUUUCAUUCCGGUCCUGGCAGCAAGGGUUCAUGGUAACCUGUUUGCCCCGUUGGACCCGCAACCGCUCUUUCAAUUCGGCGCCUUUUUACUCUUGGGGAUGGUGGUUGCAACGGCGGUAUGUUUUCUUUAUCGCCACCGCCAAUUACUGGAACAUGGACACCCGCUCAGACAGCCAGUCUUGAGGAUAGGAAUCUUUAUUGGGACUAAUUAUGUAAUUUGGUGUUGGCUUCUUGCCUACGUCAUUCAACUGACGCGGACCGAGAAAGGCGGCUAUAGCAUUCUGUUGAGCGAAAUUUUGACGAAAUUCCCGGAUUAUGAAUUUUUGAAAACUGUCCCUGGGAUUUGGGCGGCCGAUGCGAACGGACCGUUCCCCUUGCUACCAGUUUCACUUCAAACAAUGUUCUGCCUGACGAUCGUUGCAAUAAUUCUGGAAGUAAUUCCACUGGCCUUCCUCCUGAUCACGCACAGCUUCUACCUAUUGAACGGUCAUGUGAAAAUGAGCGAGAAUCGACGCCUCAUGCAUAAGAAGCUGCUGACGGCGCUGGUUUGGCAGGCUGUCGUCCCUUUCCUCACCCUCGCAGGACCAUGGGGCGUCGGGGCGGUGGUCGUUUACAAUAAUAUUGAGAUCUCGCAAGAAGUCGCCAACCUGCUAUUCUACUUCGAUGGAUGCCACGGACUGAUGUCUCUCAAACCUCGGACGCUCGUUUUGAUUUUCGGGCUCCAUCACCUCUUCUAUGACGGGUUUUUCGUGCACACAUUAUCGCUGGGAAAUGCCGAGCUCGGGAAUGGGCUUGGCAUCCGGGAACGCAUUUUGGAGCAAUAUCCUGAGUAUAGCUUCGUGCGUGAUCAUCCUGAUUUUUUUGCUGGCGAUGCGUCGGCGAUUUAUCCCCUUACGGGCCUUACUUUGCAAAUGAAUGCCUGCGCGCUUGCGGCGCUGUUUACCCUUGAGAACGUGGGUUUUUUCAUCGUCAUCCAUGCAUUCCGGAUGCUGGACGGUCGGGUUGCGUGGAGUCGUCAAACCCUUCGGCUUCAGGCCAAAUUAAUGAGAGCCAUAAUUCUACAGAUGACGAUCCCAUACGUGACGCUGCUGUUUCCCUGGGGAUUAUUUGUCUACGCUCUGGUCACGAAAGUGAUCGUUAGCCCAGCCAGUUGGUCAGCUUAUAGCGGGCUGAGCAUCGCUUUGGCAAUCAACCGUUGUUGUGAUUUCAAGGGGUGCCAAGAGAAAAUCUUUGGCGGCCGAAAAAUCUAUCUAUGGACCGGAAUCCCGGUACUUUACGGAAUCGGACUAUAUCUGUUCUUGGUCCCCAUGAUUUACAACGUCACGAAUGGCGGCUACUUUUUUGGGCCAGACCCGAUGAGGGCCAGGACGCCGAUAAUUUUUCCAAUUAACAACGUAUUCGUCUCGUCGUUUAUCCUGGUGCUGAACGUGUACAUGUUGCGCGCAAUGUUUACGGCAAACUACAACAAAAUGAACGCAUCGCAAAAAGUGAUAAUCCUACAAUGCUUUGUCAUCAGUAUGUCGGUAGUAUUAACCGGUUGGCUUUACGUUGCUAUGCAAUUCUUCGUAAUGCCCGAGUUCACCAUCCUGAUGGCUAACAUCUUCUGGCAGUUUUCCAAUGGAAGCAUGGCCUUAUCUUACCUCUUCAUCAACAAAUCGAUGCGACAGGAAGUCGUCAAGAUCUUGUUAUGCGAACGAAAUUACCGAAAUCUGGGAUGGUCCACGACAGAAGGGAGAACUCGGAAUAGUCACGAUCCUGCCACAACAAAUUUCAAUCCAGAAACGCAAAUCGUUGCCUCACCACAGUUGACAAUUAGACGAUCGAUGAUCUCUGUUUUU